CGAAACGAUCAUAACCCGCAGUCGCCGGUCAGCUGGUCCAUAGUGCGUGGUCUGGUCCAUAGUGCGUGGUCUGGUCCACAGUGUGUGGUCUGGUCUGUCUGGUCCAUAGUGCGUGGUGUGGUCCACUGUGUGGUCUGGUCUACCUGGUCCAUAGUGCGUGGUCUGGUCCACUGCGUGGUUUGGUCUUGCCGGUCCACAGUGUGUGGUCUGGUCUGCCUGGUCCACAGUGUGUGGUCUGGUCUGCCUGGUCCACAGUGUGUGGUCUGGUCUGCCUGGUCCACAGUGUGUGGUCUGGUCCAUAGUGCGUGGUCUGGUCCACUGCGUGGUUUGGUCUUGCCGGUCCACAGUGUGUGGUCUGAUCUGCCUGGUCCACAGUGUGUGGUCUGGUCUGCCUGGUCCACAGUGCGUGGUCUGGUCCAUGAAGGGAGGUGUGUGGUCCAACAUAAGGCGGUAGCUGGCGCGUGUGGUGGCCUGCCUGGCCUCGUUCUCCUCACCGCUCAACUAUAAUGGACAUUGACGUUGCUGCUAAUGUGAGACAGUUUAAGGAUUUCCUGGUCCUCUACAAUCAGAUAUCAGAGCGCUGUUUCAACUUGUGCGUUACUGGAUUUAAUGAUCGUAACAUAUCGGAAGCUGAAACUGCGUGUGUGGAUCGCUGUGUUGGGAAGCACGUGAACGUGAACCACAAGAUUAUGUCAGUUUAUGCAGAAGUCCAGCCCAUCUACAUGCAACGACGCAUUGAUGAGAUGAGUAAGCAGAUUGAAGCUCAACAACAAAGCCUUGUUGAAAGUCAAGAACAGCAGCAAGUUGAUAACCAAGUUUAGGUUGAAAAAGAGAAUGAUAGAAGUGUCCAUCAUUAUGUCAACCACUGAUUUCUGUGUUUCAUCAUAAAAGAAACAAAGCAAAUCUAUGUACACUUAUCUAUGUUUCUGCUGAUGGCACAAGACAAUAAUCCCCAUUUAAGAAAGAAAAUGGAAAACUGGGUAUGCAACGUGCAUGUGCUUGUAUGCCGACAUUGGAAAGCACUCUGCAAGGGCCAAGGUACGUGCCAAGUUCUUUCUAUAAAGUUUCUGCAAAACAAUAUUGUGCUAAAAAUUAUUUUGUACCCCCCCUAAAAUUAAAUAAAUGUUAUAUUUUGUAUAUAUAGAAUUCCUCGACUGUUACCCAGAAUAUAUUACAAAAAUAUAUGGGUUUACAGUUUUUUUUAAUAUAUAUCUAUCCUGUACAUAUAAUGUCUUCAGUACAUAAGAUCCAAAAAGAUGCAAAAAACAUCUUUUUGUUCAUGAACUGAAAGAAAAAGAAAUUGAAAUAUGAUUUUAUAAUUAAUAUACUCACUGAAAUUCAAGUUAAGAGCAGCUUUUACUCUUUAACUCUAUUAGCUUUCUCAAAAGCUAAUUCCUUAAUGAAUUCAUGAGAAAUACAACUACAGUUGUGAGGAGAAAAUGUUGUGGAAACCAUUGAUCACAUCUCUCAAAAGUGACUUAAUUACUUGUUUCACUUGCAAAAAAAAGUAUUUCACAAUGAUUGGCCACUCAUGCAUAAACCAGCAAUAGUUUUGACCUCUGCUUUAAAUUACAAACAUUUGUGGCUCUUUACUUGACUUUUCCUCUAACUAGAUAUUGUGUGACCCACGUUGCUGUAGCAUUCUGUGGCCAAUAUGUCACCGUCAUUUGUUGCCAGGUCGUCAUUGUCAUUUGUGGCCGAAUUGCCAUUGUCAUUUGUAGCAGAGAUUCAGUUGUCUGUCAUUUGUGGCUGAGAUGCGAUUGUCAGUUAUUUGUGGCAGAGCUGCAACUGUCAAGACAUUUGUGGCCAUGUUGGCAUUGUCAUCUGUUUCCUUGUCAUCACCGUUAUCUUUAACAACAAAACUACUUCAACUUUGAAUUCUUACUCAAGUUAAUAUAAUCUAAAAUGUACAAUGAAAUUACUAUUCUAUAUAAGAGAGGAGAUUCACAUAGUGAUCUCAUUGUUAAAAAUUAACGGAUUUUAUUCUAUAUAAGGAUCGACAAAAUAUAUACUCUGUAUAUUUAACUCCGGUUUCAUUUGGGAAUAAAGACCAUAUUAGGCAGUGCCAUGGCUGAGCCCUGUAACUUGGAGACCUGGAUUAUACAUUAAUUUUAUUACUGUAUAUAAAUGAGGCAUUCGUCUAGUCUUAUUGAUGUACACAUUUACAAAAGUUGGUUUAGAUGGAAACAAUUGGACAGAAUUCUAUGGAGAGAAAAGGAGAACCUAAGGAGGAACUUCACAAGAGAGUUUGAACAGAUUGGAACAGCAUUUUCUUGCAGUUUUAUUUGCUCAAAAAAUCUAAAUUUAAAUCAUUGUGGUGUGUAUAUAUAUUUUAUUUAAAAUUGUUAGCCUUACGAUCUGGAGUUGU